GUCGAUGGUCGAGAAACUAAACGGUACACGAUCAGGACUUUUGCUUCUUUUUUUAUUCUUUAAAAUCUGGGUGGUGAUUGUUUUGAAAGUUUUUCCGAGAGUUUGCAUAGUUCUUUUUGAAAAGUUUUUGUGAAGAUGCCGCGUCCAUCGAGGGAAUCUUAUGGUGACCAAAAACCACCAUACUCUUACAUCUCUCUAACCGCAAUGGCUAUAUGGAGUUCACCGGAGAAGAUGCUUCCAUUAUCUGAAAUUUACAAAUUCAUCACCGAUCGAUUUCCUUACUACAGAAGGAAUACCCAAAGGUGGCAAAAUUCGCUGAGACAUAAUUUAUCGUUCAACGAUUGUUUCAUCAAAAUACCUAGAAGGCCAGAUCGACCUGGAAAAGGUGCUUAUUGGGCUCUACAUCCCGCAGCGUUUGAUAUGUUUGAAAAUGGCAGUUUAUUAAGAAGGAGGAAACGAUUUAAGUUGCUAAAAACCGAUAAAGAAGUUCUCGAUAAUGAAUUAGCCGCGUUGGCCAACAUAAACAGAUUCUUUUUCGCACCGACGGAACGUCAAAUUGAACACCCGGUGCAUGUUAAUCAAAAAAUGCCAUCGCCAGUGAUUCGUGCGGCAACUGAAACGACUAUUCGACCAAAAAGGAGUUUUACUAUUGAGAGUUUGAUUUCGCCCGAUAAACCCGAACAAUCAGAGAUAAGGGAAAGUCCCACCCAGGUUCGACCUACCACUUGUUUCCAAUGGGGUUUAAACCCAUAUGAUUUUCCAAUGACUCAGCCGAUAUUAAUGGCACCACCGGCACCUCCUUAUUAUACACAUUACGGGGUAUCGCCGGAUGAUAUAUUAAAAGUGCCGCAAUUAGCUUUAAGAUCAGUUUAAAAAAUAUUAGAUUAAUAAAAUAUAAGUGCAAUAAAGUCUGAUUUCCAUUGUCAAUAAUUGUAUUUUGCGAUAGGUAGAAAAAAUAUUUUGUUCCUAUAUGAUAUCUCUAUCUGUAUAUAUCAUCUUUACUUAAAAACAUACUGAAUGUAUUUGUGAUAUUAAUUUACUUAAUUUUAAACGGCCCGUCCGCGACGUUUACGAUAGGUAUUUAUUUAGUCACGCGAUUCGCGGAUUUACAAUUUUAAAAAUGUACUUAACACGAAGGUACGAUCGUAUUGUUAGAUAAUAAUAAAAGAACUCGAAGAGGCCCGCAUGCGAUCUCUUAGUACACCAAAAUAAAUAACCACUUUACAAAUCCCUAUUGUGAACGAACGAAUAAAGAACGAAGAAACGAUCGAACAAUGCCGCCUGUACAUAUUUAUUAAAGUCUGUUGUAUAUAUUUAUUAUUAUUAUAUUUAAAAAAAAACGCUUAAGUCCGCCCUGUUUAAGUACUCGUUAGUUACUUACACUAAGCUAGGUGUUAAUCGAUUAUUUAUAAUUGUACAAAACCGUUUCGAUAUAAAUUAAAGUAUGUAUUUAGA